GAGAGAGGGAGGAACAGGCUGCAUACAGAAAGAGGUACAGAAAGAAUUGGAGUGGACAGCACCGGAUGAGAGGAGAAGGAGGAGGAGGAAGAGGAGGGACGAGAAAGAGAGGGGGCGGACUGAGAUGUUGGGAGGGGAGGGGAGAAGAGUGGGCAUCAGAAAAGUAGAUGAGAGGGAGAAGAAAGAAGGAAAGUGAAGGAGUCAGGGGAAGGGAGCGCAAGCUGGAAAAAAAAAAGACCAAAAGGACAGCUCAGCAAAUGAUCCUUAAAGCAUUCCUCCCACCGCUGCAGUGACCCAAGGGCUGGGUGGGGAAGGGAAGUUCAGCGGGGAGAAAAUAAAUUGUGGUUUCCAUCUUUUUUAUUUUUUUGCGUGGAGAGAAGAAAAUCAGAAGAGGAGAGGGGAAGAAGGGAGCGUGACAGAAGAGGAAUCAGAGAGCUAUUGCAACCUCCUUGUGUCCCGCAGGAGAACAUGGACUCUGACUCCGGAGAGCAAAGUGAUGGGGACCUCUCGCCAGGACAUGAGAGCUUCAACUCACGCUCCUUGGCUCUGCAGGCCCAGAAGAAGAUCCUGAGCAAAAUGGCGACCAUGGUGGUGGCCAACAUGCUCACAGACGACACCAGCAGCGAGAUCUUGGAUGAGCUCUACAAGACCAGUCGAGAGUUCACCAAGAGCAAGAAGGAGGCCCACAAGAUCAUCAAGGAUGUCAUCAAGAUCGCGUUGAAGAUUGGCAUCCUGUACCGCAACCACCAGUUCAGCCCCGACGAGCUGGACACGGUGGAGCGUUUCAAGAAGAAGUUGAACCAGGCGGCCAUGACAGCGGUGUCCUUCUACGAGGUGGAGUACACCUUUGACCGGAAUAUUCUUUCCGAGCUCCUGCUGGAAUGCCGGGACCUGCUUCACAUGCUGGUCGAGCAGCACCUGACGGCUCGCUCGCACGCUCGCAUCAACCACGUUUUCAACCAUUUUGCCCACGGCGAGUUCCUGGCCGAGCUGUACGGGGACGGAGACGAGUAUAGACUGUCUCUGAGGAAGAUCUGCAACGGCAUCAACAAACUGCUGGACGAGGGGACGCUUUAACCUUUCACCAGUAUUACGUCACGUCGCCGCAUCCGACCGCUUCCUGUUCACCUUCCUCGGACUGCUUGCGUCACUUCCUCCUUACUUUCUGUCAACUUCCUGUUUCCUGCAUCCGUUUCCAUGGAGCUAGUUAUAACAUCCUGCAGCUGUGGCUCACUGAGGAUUGUUUCAUUCAGACCGUGUGUCCCCAUGCGCACCCUCGGACAAUGUGUGUUAUGUAUGCAUUCACGGGAAGCCGUAUGAGCAUUCAUUCCAUCUCCUUGAUAUACAGCUAAAGGUCCAUGUACUCGUAUGCCCUUUGCUCUUACUCCUAAGACAAUUCUGUGCACAAGCAGAAUGAUUGUGUCCGACUAGUAGAUUUUCUAGUGCUAUUUUUGGCCUCCUAGUACAGCCUAAGACUGGAUAUCAUGGAUUUACAGAAAGCUGUUUGAGCAUUUACAGUGGACCAGACAAAUCUGUGUGUAAUUGAAAUGGACUGGGAAAGAAUAUUAAACCCCCCUCCCCUAAAAUCUUCCCAAAAGUACUCAGAUAAACACUCAACAUGUGUUUUCCACUAAAAAUGGGGAGAAAUGUAUGAAACACUGAUAUUCAAAAAUAUUGGGGGGGGGGGGUUCUGCAAAUACGUGAAUGUGUGGCAAAACUGUGUGCUACUAGUACUACUAGUGACAUCAUAAAAUUGUACUACAGUAGCUCUGUGCUCUAUGGAAAAAAUGAGCAUUUCUUCCAUAUCCUUGGUUCCCAUCUUAAGGUCCAUAUACUAGUACGCUAUUUAUUCUCACUAGUAAGACAAGUCAUUGCAUUAGUAGAACGACUUGUCUUGCCAGUAAUAUUUUUCCCCACUACUAGUGCCACUGUCAUCCUACUAGUACCGUACGAAAUUGAACCUUUCUAUCAAAUUACUGUGCUGCACAAGUAACACUAGUCGGCUCCACAAGGGGGCACAUGUGCUUCCAUUUAAAAGUGAGGAUAGAGACUGCACUAGUAUGGACCCACCACAAACACUUUAUAGAAACCUGUAUGAGCAUUUAAUAAAUGUUCUUAAUUUCCAUUUCAAGCUCAAUCUGCUGAUUCAAUUUUGGGGCAAUUCAAUGCAGUAGUAGAACCACUGUGUUGUUCGACUACUAGUAGGACAACUACAUGUUACUAAUGAGGAAAAACUGCACUAGUUGACCCCUAUGUGAUACUACUACCACUAGUAGCGAGAUAAAAUUCUACCAGUUGGCAUCCAGCACAUCACUAGUAGUACUAGCAGCAUGCAGAUGUAAGCUAGUGCUGAGUAACAUUCAGUUGUCUGACUACUAUGUUCAAGUUGUGGAACUUGGGCACAUUAGUGAAUAGCAGUAGUUGAAAAACAUUACUAGCAAAUCAGUCGUUUUACUAGUGCACCCUAGUCAUUCCACUAGUGUGCUGAAUUUCCUUGGACCUAAAGCUGGAUAGGAAAGGUGUUGAAUAAAUGAUCUGAGGCUUUUCAUUUGCAUUUCUGUGUGUGUG